GCUCCUUUUUUUCCCUUUGCUCUACUUUCUUAACGGCCUUCCUUUCAUUUUUCUUCUGCAAAAGCCUGACACACCCUCCCUCUCUGUCCUUAUAUCUUUGUCUUCUUGCCCUCUUUGAUUUCCAUUACAGUUUGUUGUAGUUUUUUUUUUUUCUGGGUUGUUUUGUUUUUGUUUAAUCCUAUAAAGGGUUUUAAAAUUUAGAGGAUUUUAAUUCCAUGGAAGAAGCUAUUGUUGUUAACAAAGGAGAAGACCUCAUCGAUUUGCCACCUGGUUUUCGGUUUCAUCCAACUGAUGAGGAGAUCAUAACUCAUUAUCUUACAGAGAAGGUAAUGAACAGCGACUUCAGUGCAAGUGCUAUGGGUGAAGCUGAUUUGAACAAGUGUGAACCUUGGGAUUUGCCUAUGAAAGCUAAGAUGGGAGAGAAAGAAUGGUAUUUCUUUUGCCAGAGAGAUAGGAAGUAUCCGACCGGGAUGAGAACCAAUCGAGCAACUGAAGCUGGAUAUUGGAAGGCAACUGGAAAAGAUAAAGAGAUUUUCAAAGGAAAAGGUUGCCUUGUUGGGAUGAAGAAGACCCUUGUUUUCUACAGAGGAAGAGCUCCUAAAGGAGAGAAAACAAAUUGGGUCAUGCAUGAAUAUAGGCUUGAAGGCAAAUUCUCUUACUAUAAUCUUCCCAAGGGUGCAAAGGACGAAUGGGUUGUUUGUCGGGUUUUCCAUAAGAAUACAGGGAUCAAGAAAGGUCCAAUUCCUGAUCAGCUGUUAAGAAUGAAUUCUUUUGGGGAUGAUCUUGUGGAUUAUGCUUCACUGCCUCCUCUCAUGGAUCCUGCUUACUCCAUCAAAGCAGGCUCAAGCUUCACCGAUGGUGAAAAUGAAUUCAAGGCCAUCAACACAACCCCAAUGUCAAGAUCCUCAGAUGGGAACUACCUCGGCAGCUCCAACUUCUCCACAUUGAAUAAUCAAAACUUUCUUCAAGCUCCAAAUGACCAUUAUCAGACAGAAAGCUCCAUGUUUAACCCUCAAAUUCCAAUCCCAAAUCCCAUCUUCUUCCAUCAAGGCAGUGCCCCAAAUUCUUCCUACUUGCACCAAGGAAGGAGCAGUGGAUCAGCUCCAAGCAAUUCCGGUACUGGCUUCGGAGGCAGUGACCAGGCAAUUCUAAGAACAUUGGCUGCCAACAGUGCUGACAGAAUAUCUAAAGCUCACAGACAGAGCAAGGUGAAGCAGUUUUCAUCAAAUCAAUCUAUGCUCAGUCACUCACAAGAUACAGGCCUCAGCACUGAAAUUACCAACAAUGAGAUUUCAUCUGUGGUCUCCAAGAGCAUUGAACUUGGAACCAGCAAAUCUUUUGAAGAUAUAGAAGAGUUGGGAUGUUUAUGGGACUACUAGCUAAAAUUUGAAGGAUAUACACUGUUCAUGAUCAGCAAGUUGGCUUGUUAAUUUCCUAGGAAUGUAUGAUUUGAAACAGUCUGUUCUCCACUAGGUGAUUAUUAGAUUGAAAAUUUUCUUGGAUUCUGACAAAAAAAAAAUAUACUUGUAUAGAUAGAUUCAUGGUGUCCAAAUCUUUUUCAGAUUAUUACAUAUAACUGAGAAAGAUUCCAUGUACAUGAAUUCUUUCUUAUGGUAGUGAAUUUAUUCUUUUUUUUUUUCUCAUUUUUCCAUCUUCUUUAUUUUUUUAGCAUUAAAGUCGCAUUGAUUCCACGUUCAUAUGUUCCAAUCAUAUUCCUACUUAAACCCAAACAUACAUUUAAGGUUGCUUAUUUUAUUUACUUGUUUUCAAUUGCCAGUUAAAUGAAAGAUCAGCUCCAUGUCUGAACUUCCUUUCAUCUGAUGUAGUUAUGUUUCAAUUAUUGAAUUCUGAAAAUUUAUUUAUUCAAAAGUCACUUGACACUAGUAGAUUAAUCGGACCGCU